AUGGGGCAACUUGCCAGUGCCCAAAAUACUCAACCAGCUGGGGCUCUUCCUAGUGAUACUGAGCCUAAUCCUAAGGCUCAAGUCAAUGCGGUUUCCUUGAAAAAUGGAAGAGAAGUGCCUAAGUAUGCAAAGUAUUUCAGAGAUAUUGUGGCAAACAAGCGAAGACAUACAAAGUUUGAAACUGUUGCACUUGCUGAAGAGUGUAGUGCUAGAGUUCAGAGUAAACUUCCUCCUAAGUUGAAGGAUCCUGGGAGUUUUACAAUUCCUUUGUCUCUUGGGAAACAAGAAGUUGGUAGAGCCUUGUGUGAUUUAGGGGCUAGUAUAAAUUUGAUGCCAUCAUCUUUGUUCAAGCAACUAGGAUUGAGGGUCCUUAGACCUACUACAAUCACUUUAAAGUUGACAACUAGGUCACUAGUGAUGCUAGAAGGAAUUAUUGAGGAUGUGCUAGUUCGAGUGGGAAACUUUAUUCUUCCUGCUGAUUUUAUUGUUCUUAAUUACGAGGCAGAUGAGGAAGUGCCCAUUAUUUUGGGAUGA